GUGAAAAGUACAGAGUUCUCAUACAUCUCCCUGACCCCACACAUUCACAGCCUCCCCAAUUAUCAAUAUUCUGCACCAAGUUGUACACUUGUUACAACUGGUGAACCUACAUUGACUCAUCAUUAUCACGCAAAGUCUAUAGUUUACAUUAGGUUUCACUCUUGGUAUUGUACAUUCUGUGAGUUUUGACAAAUAUAUAAUGUAUAAUGACACAUAUCCACCAAUAUAGUAUCAUGCAAAAUAGUUUCACUGACCGAAAAAGAAUUUUUAGAGAAUUAAUGAUUUUUAUAAAAAGGUGCUGGUGAUGGAAAUAUUCUGUAUUUGACUGUAUCAAUGUCAGUAUCCUAGCUGUGAUACUGUGCAAUACUCUCACAAGAUGUUACUGUUCAGGAAACUGGGUAAUGGAUCUGUUAUUUUUUAGAACUACAUGUGAGUCUAUAAUUAUCUCAAACAGUUUAAAAAAUUAAAUCAGAAAAAAAUGUUAAUGGUGCUGUGAAAAUUCAAAUAGAAAAAACCAGAAGGAUUGUUGUUUCUUCCUUUUUGUCUUCUAGGUGUAUACGAUGUAGUGAAUAAUCUUGGCUCUCUUGUGGCCAGGUUAAUUUUCCAGCCAAUAGAGGAGAGUUUUUAUAUAUUCUUUGCUAAGGUGCUGGAGAGAGGAAAGGAUGCCACACUUCAGAAGCAGGAGGACAUUGCCGUGGCCGCUGCGGUUUUGGAGUCGCUGCUCAAGCUGGCCCUGCUGACCGGCCUAACCAUCACCAUUUUUGGCUUUGCCUAUUCUCAGCUGGCUUUGGAUAUCUAUGGAGGGGCCAUGCUUAGCUCUGGAUCAGGUCCUGUUUUGCUGCGUUCCUACUGUCUCUACGUCCUCCUGCUUGCCGUCAACGGAGUGACCGAGUGUUUCACAUUUGCUGCCAUGAGCAAAGAGGAGGUCGACAGGUACAAUUUCACAAUGCUGGCCCUCUCGUCUUCAUUCCUCGUGUUAUCCUACCUCCUGACUCGAUGGUGCGGCAGCGUGGGCUUCAUCUUGGCCAACUGCUUUAACAUGGGCAUUCGCAUCACACAGAGCCUUUGCUUCAUCCACCGCUACUAUGAAAGGAGCCCGCACAGGCCCCUGGUGGGCCUGUACCUAUCACCCGCCCUCCUCGGGGCAUUCGCCCUCAGUGGUGGGAUUACUGGUGUUUCCGAGGUGUUCCUCUGCUGUGAGCAGGGCUGGCCAGCCAGGCUGGCGCACGUCGCCGUGGGGGCCUUCUGUUUGGGAAUGACUCUUGGGACAGCGUUCCUCACGGAGACCAAGCUGAUCCGUUUUGUGAGGACUCAGUUAGGUGUGUCCAGACUGGCUGACAAAACCUCGUGACCUCAGAGGCAUUGGCACCUGUGGCACGUGGACCAGCUGUGGGGCGGGUUUGUGGGCGGAUCUCAUGAGCUGUGCAGGAGAGCCCUGCUGAUGGGUCUGCAGCGGGGGAGGACCGACGCCGGCAGGCGAGACGUCGGAGAGAACCGCCAGCCCAAACACCAUCCCUUUGAAGCCUCAAACAAACAGGAAGGAGGAGUUCCACUUUUAAGGGAAGACCAAAAGCUCUUUUAAAAUAGAUACCUUAUUUUUGUCACCAUUUUGUUCUCACCAACAUUUUUCUUUUUGGUUAAUGUGUUCCUUUUGGGCGUGAUUGACCUAAGGAGCUCCGUAAGCCAACCAACUAUAUCUUGGAUGAAAUAGUUAACAAUGAUCUGGCCCAGAGAGAUGUAGCCAUAUUACAUGUCGCAGGAACAUGUCACUUACUCUGUAAAAGCAGGAAGGAGACCUGAUGUUGUGCACCGGAUGAGACCAGAGGUGGCCCAGGAGUUGUGGCUUCUCCCAUGCAAACACUGUGGUUGGGGUUUUUAGAGAGGGAACGACAUUUCUCAGUGAGAAGUCCAGGAAAUGGAAAUGCGGAGUCUUGUGGGUCACAUUUCCCAGAGUUAGCUGGGGGGAGUCACGCCCCUCAUCGUCAUUGCUGCAUGCCCCGGACCACCUUCCCAGCGCCAAUGCAGGCUGGUGUGAGACCGCUGGCCCAGCCACCUGAACGAGAAGGCUCUGAAGGAAGCAGCGAUCCAGUGUGAGCUACCUUGGCCCCCGAAGGGAAUGCUGCUCAUGUGAAGAUUGCACAGAUGGCAGCCCACGGUGAAGUGAUGUACGAUUUCCCUUCAGAAUAAAAUGGGGUAUGUGCUUAAGGCAAGCCCUUCCCACCGACCCGUUGCUUCCAGCGCUGGUCAGUAACCCCGAAUGCCAGCUUCAGGACCAGCGUGGCAAGCCUGGGAGUCUGGCUGCUCCAGGUCGUGGCCCAGCUCUCUACACCCAGCAGGCAACGUCACUGGGUAUUGUUCUGAGGUGACAAAGCAUUUUUCUUCUUUCGAUAAUAUAUUAAUUCCUUUUGGGUGUGAUUGACCUUCA